GCGCCCUGGGCCGCCGCGCCAAGCAUGCCUGCCCGACCCCCGCGCCGGGCUGCCCCGGCCGCCGCAUGGAGCCCGCCGCUCCUGCUGCUGCUGCUGCCGCUGCUGCUCGCCGCCGCGUCGUCGCCGGCCGAGCCGCGCUCGCGAAGUUGCUCCGAAGUCAAGCGGCUCUACGUGGCCAAAGGCUUCGGCCAGAACGAGGCGCCCAGCCACGAGAUCAACGGUGAUCACUUGAAAGUCUGCCCUCAAGGCUACACAUGCUGCUCUCAAGAAAUGGAAGAGAAAUACAGCCAGCAGAGCAAACACGACUUCAGAAAUGCCGUCGCCGAGCUCAGCAAUCAUUUGCAAGCAACCUUCAGUUCCCGGUACAAAAAGUUUGAUGAAUUCUUCCGAGAGCUUCUGGAGAACGCCGAGAAAUCCUUGAACGACAUGUUUGUAAGGACUUACGGCCUCCUGUACAUGCAAAACUCUGAAAUGUUUAAGGACCUCUUUGUGGAGCUGAAGCGCUACUACACGGGCGGCAGCGUCAACCUGGAGGAGAUGCUCAAUGACUUCUGGAACCGCCUGCUGGAGCGCAUGUUCCGCCUGGUCAACCCGCAGUACCAGUUCUCGGACGACUACCUGGAGUGCGUCAGCAAGCACACGGAGCAGCUCAAGCCGUUUGGGGAUGUGCCGCGCAAGCUGAAGCUGCAGGUGACGCGAGCGUUCGUGGCUGCUCGCACUUUCGCGCAAGGCCUGGCCGUGGCGAGAGACGCCGUCGCCAAAGUGUCAGCGGUCAACCCCACGCCACAGGGCAUCCGAGCACUGCUGAAGAUGAUGUACUGCCCAUACUGCCGGGGCUUAGUGGCCGCCAAGCCGUGUUACAACUACUGCUUCAAUGUCAUGAGAGGCUGCCUCGCGAGCCAAGGGGAACUGGACACCGAGUGGAACAAUUUCAUAGACUCGAUGCUGAUGGUAGCUGAGCGGCUGGAGGGCCCUUUCAACAUUGAAUCUGUCAUGGACCCCAUUGAUGUGAAGAUCUCUGAUGCCAUCAUGAACAUGCAGGAGAACAGUAUGCAGGUCUCCCAAAAGGUCUUCCAAGGAUGUGGGCAGCCCAAGAUGCUGGCACAAAGCCGAACGUCUCGCUCCGCCUCGGAAAGCAGCUUCAGUGCCCGUUUUAGACCCUACAACCCGGAGGAGCGGCCGACGACAGCAGCAGGCACAAGUUUAGAUAGGCUGGUGACGGACGUGAAGGAAAAGCUGAAGCAAGCGAAGAAAUUCUGGUCCUCCCUUCCCAGUAAUAUCUGCAGCAACGAGAACAUGGCUGCCAGCAACAUCAAUGAAGAAGAGUGCUGGAAUGGAAACAACCAAAGCAGGUACGUCUAUGCCGUGAUGGCGAAUGGCCUUGCCAACCAAGCGAAUAACCCUGAGGUGGAAGUCGACAUUUCAAAACUGGACAUGGUGAUUCGCCGACAAAUCGUGGCUCUCCGUGAGAUGACCAAUAAGAUGAAGAAUGCUUACAACGGGAAUGAUGUUGACUUUAUCGAUAUAAGUGAUGAAGGCAGCGGAGAAGGCAGCGGAAGCGGUUGCGAAUUACAACAGUGUUCCCCCGAAUUGGUGUUGAACGUCACAGACGUAACACAGAACGUCAACAAAAUGGACAAAAAUGCAGGCAGUUCUGCCACCUGCCCGGGCCUAUCAGAAGCAGCCCUCCUCCUUAGCAUCCUCUUGUUCCUGACUGGGCAAAGACAGUGGAGAUAACUGUGCUGUUUUUUGGGUGUUUUUAGAGAUGAAGAGCGGAAAAAAAUGACUUUUAUUAAAAAAAAAAAAAAACCAACCACAGAAAAAAGUAAUUGUUAAAAGGCACCUGAUUUCACUUUUCUAGUGACUUUGGGGGUGGGUGGGUCCUUUGUAAGUUAAUGGGCAACAGUUUUUACUAUGUCACCACUGGUUUUCAUGAGUUUUUCUUACUCUCUCUCUCUCUGUUUUGAGGAAGGGAAAAACACACAAGGAUUUGGACCAGUUAGUCUAACCUGUUGACUGAGAAGCCACAAUAAAUGUGGUUAUCUAAGUGUAUAUACAGGCCUGUAGUUAGCUAUGCUUUUGUCUUGUUGUUUUUAAUCAAGUUCUUCCUUCCUUCGAUCUCCCCACCUUUUCUUUCCUUUUAGUUUUAUUUUAGCCAAUUUCCUGCAAAACCAACAGUUCUCUUGACAUGUAUCAAGGAUUAUGGUUUCUCUUUUCUGAAAUAUGAACUUAUCUGUACAGAAGCAAGAGGGUCUUUUUU